CCCACCAUGGAGGACUUCAAUAGUGAAACGGACAGCGAUUAUACCAGCUACUGGCGAGACUGGAAUGAGGAGCGCCUGUCAUGCGCUUAUCCCGCUCACCCCGCGGAAUCCGGACUCUGGCCUAGUGUCAGCCUGUUACCGCGACGAUUUUCGAAGGUCUCGGUGUCAAGUACGCAGACUCAACGCGCGGGAUCAUGUCUCGCAGACCAAACGCGCGGGAUCAUGUCUGCGACAUAA